GUACUUUUUUUCAGAGUCGUGGUUUGGAGAAUCGGGAUGGAAAAGGCGUUACAUUGGAGUGAUGAUGUUGACUUUGACCCCCAGUAUAAUCGAAGAGCUAAGGAUGCGAGACCCGUCCUUCCCUGAUGUUUCUCAUGGAGUUCUCAUCCACCGUGUGAUUGUAGGAUCUCCAGCCAACAGAGCUGGAAUGAAGCCAGGAGAUGUUAUUAUUGAGAUCAAUGGGGUAAAGGUGAACACGUCGGAGGAGAUAUAUAAUGCUGUGAGGACCAGCGAAAGCUUAAAUGUGGUGGUCCGCCGGGGGGCCGACCUGCUCAUGCUGCACAUGACCCCAGAGUCCACAGAGUGACAUCAAGUCAAGUAUUUAGUAAGAUUAAGAAAUGGUGAGUAAUGAGAAGCUGUCAUAGUUGGAGAUGUUGUAAGAAAGGAAUCAUCUAAAGAGUUGAACAGUUUUAGCAAACGCUGGACAUUGGUGUAGUAAACGUGUUUCUGGAAGCGUAUGAAAUCAUGUGGAUGAUUCAGACUUCUGUACACUGGAUAAACCUCAGUGUGUCUGCGCAAACUACACUAUCAGUAUUGAUUUGAAGGAAUAUCACUGAAUAUUUUGUUUAGGAUUGUCAUGAUGGCAACAAACACUCAAAGACCUUAAUAAAACUGGGUGCUCUUAUUGUGAAAAUGCUGAUGUUUUGUAUUGAGUCUCACAUUCUCAUGUUACGACGUUUGUAUUUUAAUACAUUUUUCUGAACAGCUCUGAUUUCACAAUAAACCAUUGGAAUAUUUAUGGAU